AUGGCAAGAACACGUGGUGCAUCUUUUAAUUCUCGAGGUGAGAGUUCUCGAGGAGAGAGUUCGUCGCAGGGUGAAGCUCGGAGAAGAUCUACCGUUUCUGCUUGUAGAAGUCGGGCAGCUCCUAUCCAGGAUGACCCCAUAGUUGAGGAGCGAGCCAUUGAGGAACAAACAUAUGAGGCAUAUGAGACUCAUGGUGAGGAGAAUGCAUUUGAGGCCCCUAACGAUGAUGACGAUGAGGAGGAGCAUGCGGAUGUUCAUGACAUACAAGAGGAUGUCGGUGGAUUUCUUGGAGGUCCACACGAUCAUUCAUUGCUGACGCACUAUGUUCAACAUGUAGCUUAUGCUAUUUCCAAAGGACGGGAUCGAGGGGACACACUGAAGUUGAUCUCCCACGGAAAAAAAGUAAAUAAGUUAGGACCAUGCCACGAGGAAAUUCAAGACAUUGUGUUGAAUUCCAGUUUGAUGCCUCUUACAGGGAUUUGUUAUGAUUACGUUGAUAAGGGGUUACUCCUCGGAUUCAUAGAGAGGUGGCAUUUUGAGACCAGUAGUUUCCAUCUCCCUAUAGGGGAGAUGUCGAUUACUCUUGAUGACGUCUCGACAUUACUUCACCUGCCUGUGAUGGGACAAAUGUGUGAUUUGGAGGAGUUGGAGUUUGAGGAGGCUCGUACAGCCCUUGUGCAACUGCUCGGCGUUGAUGGUGGCACAGCAGGUGCUGAGAUGGAGAACGGACGUGGUCCGAAAAGUGCCAGUUCUAUACGCGUGUCUUACUUAUUGUUAUUUAGAGACGUACACGCGUGUGGCAGAUAUGCUUGGGGUGUUGCUGCACUCGCCUAUUUGUACGAGCAGCUCGGGGAUGCGAGUCUCGCGUCCACGAAGCAGAUGGCUGGAUAUUUGACUCUAUUUCAGAGUUGGAUAUACGAACAUUUUCCUGGCAUGGGGAGGAGGCGGUUGGUGACUUCUUACGAUGAUACCACACCACGUGCCAUGAGGUGGCAGAGCCCUAGGCAGAGUUCCACUCUCGCAGAGAUUCGGUCACAGUUGGAUGCGCUGACAUACAGUGGAGUUGUAUGGCAUCCGUAUGAGGGGCAUCGAGGCAUUCGGCCAUUCUUCGGCAUUUGUAUGUAUUCUGGAUGGAUUCGGAUUGGUGACACCCUUUGUCGUCAUUUGCCUGAACGUGUGCUGAGGCAAUUUGGGUUUCAGCAAGACAUUCCACGAUCACCGACUUCGGUUCCAGAUGCAGAUGUAGUGGCCAUUGAUCAUGUUUGGUUGCACUUCAGAGCUCACGUUGUGAGUAAUGUCAGACAUGCAACAUCCCCUUCUGACUGUGUUGAUGGGUACAUUCAGUGGUUCAGGAGGGUUUCACAUCCUUAUAUUAUUGCUGUUGCAGAUGACGCGCGACCGGCUCUUGCGCCUAGACAGCACCCCGAUGUUCCACAGGAGGCACGACCCCAUCAUAGAUCGUCUCCACCUUCACCAUCUGGCGCCCUGGCUAGAUUCAGGCGAAUGGCGAGAAUGUUACAGUCCUUGAUAUCGUGUCGUCAUGUGACCGAGGGUACUGUUGCACAUCAGGUGUCAGUGGACCUGCUUCAUAUUGCUAAUGAGGGCAUCGACGAAUAUUCCCCGACUAGGAGAGGGCAGAGAUGA